AUGUCAUACCCAAACCCAGGAACCCUAAAUGGAUGCAUAUCUUCACUCUCAUCAUCUGUAUCACUACUGGGCAAUAGUCUGGAUUCUUUAGACACUUUGACUAAUGAUUUUGGGAGAUUACCAUUGAUACUUGAUCAAAACAAAAUAUUUACACUAGUACCGGAACAUGAUCUAAAUAUUGCCAAAAAGAACUUGGUACAUGAGAUAGAACCAAAGAUUUACAAGCUCGUUGAAAUAAUUCGUGUCAAGCUAUCUAAAUUGGAAAGAAAGAACUCAAAUUUAGUCUCAAAGAUACAAUUGAAUGAAGUUAGAAUAAAUAAUUUUAGAAAUGAUUCUUCAAAAACUUUGGCAGAUGAAGAAAUAGAGGUUGAAGGCACAGAGGAAGAACUGGAGCAAUUAAGACAAUUAAAGUUGAAGAAAGAUCGAUUGAAAUACAAACUAUCAAGUAUAAAUCUACAGAAUAGAAAAGCAAGAUUGAGUAUGGUGAAUCGUUGA